AUGGCAGAUUACCUCACUCACUCGAGGGGCCGCGGGCCAGCUGUGCGGGAGCACAUUCGCAGUGAGUUCAGGAAGCACAUGCACGAGACAGACCCCGCCAAGAUUGCAGAGCUCAAGGAGAGUGCAACUCGCGCGCUUACUAACUACAUGGUGUAUGAGGCAGGCAACCUAGCACGGCGAGGAAAGAUACUGCGCCCCAGAUGA